AUGGCAAUUACAAGCAGCAAAAUUAAUGACCUUCUCUUAUGUGCACUGGAUGAACUCUCUCAGGAAAAUUUUAAAAGAUUUAAAGACAAAUUAUCUUUUAUUGACUUUGAUGGAGGAGGUAACAUCCCCCAAGGUCCACUGGAGAAUGCGGACAGAAUAGAUACGAAGAAUCUCCUGGUGAAAUUCUACGGUGAAGACACUGUGUUAGAUGUAGCUAUAGAAGUAUUCACCCAGAUCAAUCUGAGAGACUCUGCGGUUAAACUCAAAGAAGAAAAAAGAAAAGAUUACAGGAUGACAUACAGUGAACAUAUACAGGAAGAAUACCAAUUUAUAGAAGACAGGAAUGCUCGUCUGGGUGAGUGUGUGAGUCUAAACAGAAGAUACACACAGCUGCUUAUUGUAAAGGAACAUCGCCACUGGGAGGCCAAACAACAUGAAAUAAUGGCAACAGGAAAGAGACAUGCAGAGAUCCUGGCUAAGACAGCUACUCCAACUAAGAUAGAAAGUUUGUUCGACAUUGAUAAAUGCAGACCAACACCACGAACCAUUGUGCUUCAGGGAGCUGCUGGGAUUGGGAAAACAAUGACAGUAAGAAAGAUCAUGUUGGACUGGGCAUCUGAAAAAAUCUAUCCUGGCAGAUUUGAUUAUGUUUUCUACAUAAGCUGCAGAGAAAUGAACCUGUCUACCAAGCAGAUAAGUGUUGCUGAUUUGAUUUUAAACAAUUGCCCUGACAAAAAUGCACCAAUUAAAGAUAUUUUGAUGGAUCCAGAAAAACUCCUUUUUAUAAUUGAUGGUUUUGAUGAAUUGAAAUUUUCAUUUGAUCAACAAAUCAUUAAUUUGUACACUGAUCCCUGUGAGAAGCAGCCAGUGGAAAUCAUAUUGGGCAGUUUAUUUAGGAAAAAAGUUCUUCCAAAAUCAUUCUUACUGAUCACAACAAGACCAACUGCUCUGGAAAAACUCCAAAACUGUCUAAAGUUUCCGCAUUAUGCAGAGAUCUUGGGAUUUUCUGAGGAAGACAGGGAGGAGUAUUUCCACAAGUUCUUUGAAGAUAAAAAACAAGCAGCAAAAGCUUUUGGAUUUGUAACAGAGAAUGAAAUUCUCUUUACAAUGUGUUUUGUUCCAAUUGUAUGUUGGAUUAUCUGCACUGUGAUCAAACAACAGAUUGAAAAAGGUGAAGAUCUCACACAAACUUCAAAAACAACCACUGCAGUGUAUAUGCUCUUUCUGUCCAGUUUAUUAAGGGAUCAUAGCUGCAUGUCAAAGCAUUCCAGACAAACUAAUCUCAGAAAGCUGUGCUCCUUAGCCAGAGAAGGAGUCUGGCGAAAGAUAAUACUGUUUGAAGAAGAUGAUCUCAAGAAGCAUGGUUUAGAUGUAUCCAAUAUUCAAUCCCUCUUUCUCAACAAGAGCAUUUUUCAAAAAGAUAUUGACUGUGAACAUGCCUACAGCUUCAUUCACCUAAGUUUUCAAGAGUUUUUUGCAGCUUUGUUUUAUGUACUGGAGGAAGAGGAAGAAACAGUGGAAGAGUCGGUGACAGUUACAAAAGAUGUGUCUAAACUAUUACAAAGUUAUGAAGAACCUAAAAAUGAUUAUUUAAUGUUAACAGUGCGUUUCCUGUUUGGUCUCUUAAACAUGGAUAGAAUGAAGGAGAUUGAGAAAUGCUUAGGCUGUAAAACUUCACUUGACACAAAGAGCAAAGUACUGAACUGGGUUGAAGAAGUAGGCAUAGCAUUGGCGUCUCUGUCCUCUAAAGACCGGAACGAAAAUAAGUUCAAGUUUGAAUUGUUCCACUUUUUGUUUGAGAUUCAAGAAGAAGAAAUUGUGACACGUGCAAUGGAUUGUUUCCCACGUAUUCACUUGGAACUGACUUGUUUUUCAAAAAUGAAGUUUACAGUUCUUUCCUUCUGUUUGAAGAACUGUCGAAGAAUGCAGUCACUUUUUCUCUGUUCCUGUAGUGGUGGGACCAACUGGAAAGGAAGGAGGGGGACCUCAUGCGGCAGCCUGCUGUUUCCAUGGUGCCAGCUCAAUUAUGAGGAUUAUAAGACUCUCACCUCACUUCUUAGUGCAAAGCAGGUGCUGACAGAGUUGGAUCUGAGAGGUAAUAGUUUUCGGAGUUGUAUGAUGAAUGAAGGACUGAGUCUCCUGUGUGAAGGAUUGAAACACUCCAACUGUAUGCUACAGAAGCUGGUGUUGAGAAACUGUUGUAUCAGUAACUCUGAUUGCAAGCAGCUUGCUUCAGUUCUCAGUACAAAUCAAAACUUGAAAGAGCUGGACCUGAGAGGCAAUAAUCAGGGAGAUGCAGGAGUGAAGCUGUUGUGUGAAGGACUGAAACAUCCAGACUGCAAACUGCAGAAACUAGUGUUGUCUUACUGCAUGCUCACGGCUGCUUGUUGUCAGGGUCUUUCCUGUGUUCUCAGCACCAACCAGACUCUGAGAGAGCUGGACCUGGAGAUAAAUAAACUGGGAUAUUCAGGAGUGCAGCAGCUUUGUGAAGGAUUGAAACAUGCAACCUGCAAACUGGAGAUACUCCGGUUGGGACACUGUGGUAUCAUUUUCUAUGAUUGCAAGUAUCUUGCCUUAGUUCUCAGUACAAAUCAAACUUUGAAAGAGCUGGACCUGAGUGGCAGCAAACUGGGAGAUUUAGGAGUUAAGCAGCUGUGUGAAGGACUGAAACAUCCCGAUUGCAAACUGCAGAAACUGAUGUUGGGAGACUGUGGUAUCGCAGCCUCUGGUUGCAAGUAUUUUGCCUCAGUUCUCAGUACAAAUCAAACUUUGAAAGAGCUGGACCUGAGAGGCAGCAAACUGGGAGAUUUAGGGGUGAAGCAGCUGUGUGAAGGACUGAAACAUCCCGACUGCAAACUGCAGAAACUGGUGUUGGGAGACUGUGGUAUCGUAGCCUCUGGUUGCAAGUAUUUUGCCUCAGUUCUCAGUACAAAUCAAACUUUGAAAGAGCUGGACCUGAGAGGCAGCAAACUGGGAGAUUUAGGGGUGAAGCAGCUGUGUGAAGGACUGAAACAUCCCGACUGCAAACUGCAGAAACUGGUGCUGUCUUACUGCACACUCACAGCUGGUUGUUGUGGGGAUCUUUCCACUGUCCUCAGUACCAAUCAGACUCUGAGAGAGCUGGACCUGGAGAGAAAUGAACUGGGAGAUUCAGUGUUGUUAGUCGGAUAUUCAGGAAUGCAACAGCUUUGUGAAGGAUUGAAGGACAAAACCUGCAAACUGGAGAUACUCAGGUUGGGAUACUGUGGUAUCAUGGCCUCUGAUUGCAAGUAUCUUGCCUCAGUUCUCAGUACAAAUCAAACUUUGAAAGAGCUGGAUCUGGGAGGCAACAAACAGGCAAAUUCAGGAGUGAAGCUGCUGUGUGAAGGACUGAAACAUCCCGACUGCAAACUGCAGAGACUGGUGUUGAGGAGCUGCGAUUUCAAAGAUGCUUGUAUGAGAAACUUAUCACUUGCUCUUAGUAUAAACCACUCCCUGAAUGAGCUGGAUCUACAGUUUAACCUCCUGUCCUUUCCUUUCGUUACUCAUCUUUAUAAGGAGCUGAAAUGUCGCAGAAGCAAUCUAAAGAUAAUAAUGUAAAAUUCAUAUGUUCUAAUCCAUUUGAGGAUUGUGGGAUGGCUAUUCAUUUAAGCAAAUGCCAUUAACAUUUGGUGUCAUGACAAACAGGCAGAGUGAAUACAAUUGAUGACUUUAUUUAAAUCCAUGUUUAGGAAAUAUAUGUUUAUAGUUUCA